AGACCACUGAUAGAAUGACUAUCGUACGGUUGCUUGUGAGUCUCUUACUCUUUGGUUCAGCUGAAGCUGGGAAGCUGUUGGUUAUUCCUUCAGAUGGCAGUCACUGGCUUGGGAUGAAGCCUAUGGUGGAAGAGCUGGGGAGGAGAGGGAAUGAGGUGGUGGUGGUCAUCCCAGAUGCAAGUCUGAGUAUGGGUCCAUCAGAUCACACCACCACUCUUUCUUAUCCAGUGCCUUACACCAAAGCUGAGCUAGAAGGGAACCUAGCUGCAGAUUUAAACAAUAUUCUGAGUAGUGAUGUGUCUACAGACCUGGCCAGAUUUCAGACAUUUGUCUUCACACUGGAUUUUCUACAAACAUUUACAGUGAGGAGCGCAGAGAGUCUGCUUUUCAACAAGGACCUGAUGAAGAAACUGAAAGACUACAACUUUGAUGCUAUUCUCACCGAUCCAUUUGAGACUGUUGGAGUCAUUGUUGGUGAAUAUCUCUCCAUUCCAGCUAUUUACAUGCAAAUAAAUCAUCCAUGUGGGGUCGACACUCUUGCCGGUCAAUGCCCAAGUCCACCCUCCUAUGUUCCUAAACUUUUUACUCAAUUUACCGACCACAUGAGUUUUUGGCAAAGAAGUGUGAACCUGGUAAGGACUCUGCUGCAACCCAUGGCUUGUGAUUAUCUAUUUACUCAAGCAGAUGAGAUUGCUUCACGUUUACUUCAAAGAAAAUCAUCCAUUGUAGAAAUCAUGAGCCGCGCUGCUCUCUGGUUUAUGCGAUUCGACUUUGCCUUUGAAUUUUCACGGCCAGUGAUGCCCAACAUGAUCAUGAUUGGAGGGAUGGCAACCAGGAAAUUAAAACCUUUGUCACAAGUAAGCCAUCAUGGUAAAUUGUACAUACUAUAGUUCCACUGCAGAAUUAUAAGUGCUGCAACUCUGCCUUUGCCAUUACACAACUGUUUACUGUCAUUGCCAUUUAAAGCAAAUACCCAAGACUACAAUUGCCAAUAAGUUAAGAAUUCUGUCUUGUUACAGCAGACAUUCAAAAGCAGACUUGCUUUGUUUUACUCUUCAUUUUGUACAUUUAUUUGGAUGAAAGAUUGUCUUACAAUAUUUUCACAAUUGUUCAUUGUUCCAAAGCAGCUUCACAUGAAAUAGAAACAAAGAAAACACAGAAAACCAAAAAACGACAAAACAUGGCAGUUUUUUAAUUGGUUGGAGUAUUUGAAGUUACAUGGAGUUGAAUAUGAACAUGAAUAUGAACUAAAAUGUAUUUAAAAUUGUAUUUAGCUACCACUUGUAGUAAACCUAAACCCAUAUUUGUAUGAAAGAUGGGUUCAAAUUUAAUACAGGUGUUAACUAAAUAAAUUUUUAAAUACAGAGAUAAUGUUAAAAGGGCAUUUUAGUUCAUAUUCAGGGUGUCAAAAAAUAGCACAAAUAAGUAAACUUAAUCUUAAGAACAUCUUUAAAAGUACUAAACAAGAAUUUUUUGUAUAUAAACUACAAAAUUAGUGUGUAAAAAUAUAGAGCACUAAGUACAUUAUGGAAGUGUACUACUUUUUCACCUGGGAUGUCUCCUAAACCCUAAAAAGUAAUCCUCAAACCAGCAAUCGUAUGUUUGUCUGAACUUUUAAUCUCUUAAAUGUUAGUGUUUAUAUAAAUAAUCCACAGCAAAUGAAAUAUCUGGUCAUUGUAUAAGUGGACAGAUACGCUCUGUUAAUUAUUUACAGAAUGAAGAAAGUAGUUUAAGUGUGCUGCAUGAGCUUUGGAUGUUGUUUUAUUAUUAUUUGUUUCGUUUAUUUUACUUAAUUUCUAUAUGGCAAGAGAUAAACAAUGUAAUUUUGGUGUUUAAUUAUGUGUUUAACUCAAAUAUCAAAACGUAACAGUACUAACAUGCAAGCUGCAAACUGCAGAAACUCUUUUAAAGGUAGUCUACUUUGAAUUGUGGUACUUUAACCUGUUUGGUAACUUUUUUGGCCACAACCUUAAUCUCAUUCAGCUGUUGACUUCUUUCACACCACUGAUAGAAUGAUUAUCGUACGGUUGCUCGUGAGUCUUUUACUCUUUGGUUCAUUUGAAGCUGGGAAGCUGUUGGUUAUUCCUUCUGAUGGCAGCCAUUGGCUUGGGAUGAAGCCUAUUGUGGAAGAGCUGGGGAGGAGAGGGAAUGAGGUGGUGGUGGUCAUCAGAUCACACCACCACUCUUUCUUAUCCAGUGCCUUACACUAAAGCUGAAGUUGAAGAGGACUUAACAAAUCAAUUAAACACUAUUCUGAGUAUUGAUAUGUCUACAGAUCUGGCCAGUUUUCAAACAUUUUUCAUCUCACUGGAUCUUCUACAAAGGUUUAUUGUGAGGAGCGCAGAGAGCCUGCUUCAUGAGCCAUGCUGCCCUCUGGUUUAUGCGAUUUGACUUUGCCUUUGAAUUUCCAAGGGCAGUGUUGCCCAACAUGAUCAUGAUUGGAGGAAUAUUAGUCAAGAAAUUUUAACCUUUGUCACAAGCAAUCCAUCAUGGUAAAUUUUACAUACCUUCCACUGCAGAAUUAUUAGUGAUGUAACUCUGCCUUCGCCAAAACACAAUUUUUCCACGGUCAUUGACAGUGAAAAUUGUAAGCAAAUGGCAGAGAGACCACAAUAGCCAACAAGUGUUC